GAUAGCGAGAGCUGAACGAGACUGGAAAGAGUGCGAGCUGAUCCCAGACUGAGCGGGGGGCAGCAGAUGGGAGAGGGAGAGAGGCAGAGGAGCAACAACAGCUGAAAGUUUUAAACCUGUGAUCGCAGUAUGUGAUGCGAGGCGAGACUGGGGGUUCCUCCAACAUGUGGAAGCAAAACAAAUUCCACAUAAUGGACUGCUUCAGCCAGAGACAGAUUUAGGUUUUACCGCUGAGAGAAGGCUUUCUCUAUCACUUCUUUUUUGGUAGUGAGGAAAUAUAAAGAUGAGAUAGGGGAGUUUUUAAAGUGAUAUUAAAACUAUGGAGGUGUGCAAAGUUUUAAAAACAUAAGGCAUCAAGCUGCACUGUUGCUCCAGCUCAAAACACUGCUUCAGUGUUUAUGGAAGUUGAGACGUGGCGGCUUGGAAAGAGACUUUUUAGACUUGAAACGACAACAAGGAAUUUAAUGUUCAACAGACACGUCCUUCUGGAGCAGCUGCUGUAGUGGAUGACCAGAGGAUCCAGUCCCCGGGAAAGUGAGGACCACUGCUAACAUCUCACUGUGGAAAUACUUAUCAUGUUGGAAUUAUAACCAGCAUUGGAGUUUUGAGAGUUGGGCUGUUUUUUUUUUUGUUGUCACGUCAGAGCUGUGGAUCGUCUUUUUGUUGGCUCUCAUCAUUUAUAAUCUGCACCAAGGAUGAAGCAUCCCGUGCACUGAUCAGUCCCAUCCUGCAUCCUUACCCGUGGACCCAGUGACCAUGCUGACCGAGUGUCCAUCACCAGAAAGAUCAGAGCCACGACCCUCGCUACGGCCUGCUGUAAGCUCUGCAGCACCAUGUCUCAAGCAGCCCCGGCACCUCUCCAGGCCAAUAGCUCACAGUCGGGAGAAGCGCAGGCUCAGCUGAAAUGGGCCGCCCUUCUUAUUGUCAUGGUUAUCAUCCCGACUAUUGGAGGAAACAUCCUGGUCAUUCUAGCUGUGUCACUGGAAAGGAAGCUGCAGAACGCCACAAACUACUUUCUGAUGUCACUUGCUGUGGCUGAUCUGUUGGUGGGACUUCUAGUGAUGCCCAUAGCCCUCGUCACUAUCCUCUACAACUCUGACUGGCCUCUUCCUGAGUCCCUGUGCCCCAUCUGGCUGUUUCUCGAUGUGCUCUUUUCUACUGCAUCCAUCAUGCACCUAUGUGCCAUUUCACUGGAUCGCUACAUUGCAAUCAAGAAGCCAAUCCAGCACAGCCAGUACAAAUCAAGAGCCAAAGCAAUGCUAAAAAUUGCAUUGGUGUGGAUCAUAUCUAUCGGAAUUGCAAUCCCGAUCCCAAUUAAGGGUCUUAGGAACCAGUAUCAUCCCAACAACGUAACCUUUAACGGGAACCACACGUGCCUGCUGAAAACAGACACCUUCCGGGAGUUCAUCAUGUUUGGCUCCUUGGUUGCGUUCUUCAUCCCUCUCACCAUUAUGAUGGUCAUCUACCUUCUUACUGUUCAGGUGUUGCAAAAGGUUUAUUUGCUCAAGUCGAAGGUGGCUCAGCGCUUUAACUACCCGACAGUGUCCACAGUUUUUAAAAUGGAACAGGCUUUCACCGCAUCUGAAGCUGGACAACUGAACAUGCUGGAUGAAAGACUGUCAUGGAUGCGAGACAAAUCAAUCACAGGAACAAUAAACUCUCCAACAGGAGAGGAAAUAUCGUUUCGGAGAAUGUCAACGAUGGGCAAGAAGUCAAUGCAGACUCUGAGCAAUGAGCAGCGCGCCUCAAAGGUGCUGGGCAUCGUCUCUCUGUUUGUAGUCAUGUGGUGCCCUUUCUUUAUUACCAACAUCACCUCUGUGCUUUGCACCAGCUGUGAUAGUCAUUUAAUUUCUCGCCUCAUGGAGAUCUUUGUUUGGGUGGGUUAUGUGUCAUCAGGUAUUAACCCACUGGUCUACACCUUGUUCAACAAAACCUUCAGAGAAGCAUUCACACGUUACAUCACCUGUAAUUACAAGACCUGUGCUAGUUAUAGACCGGGGAGACACCCAAGGGCAUCGAAUACAGAUCGAACCUUUACGAGGAUUUCAUUCAGAUCUUCAAUGGCUGAAAACUCCAAACUGUUCAUGAAGCGAGGGAUGAAGAAUGGCAUUGGAGCAGUGAACUACCAAAGUCCGAGGUGCCGGCAAACACCCGCACAGCCACCCAGUGGUGUUGUGUUAGACACAAUGCUUCUGACUGAGAAUGAAACUGAAAAGCACAUGGAGCACAUCAGCAGUGUUUAGAGAUGACAGACAUGUGAGCCCAGGUCAAAAGGGAGCGCCUAACAUGUUUCAGAUUUACAAUGGAAACAUUUAAGACCAAAGGCUAAGUCAACUAUUAUUCAAAAUGCACAGCUAGAAUCUGAUCUCAUUUUAAUUGGCAAAUCCCUUAAUGCUGGUGCAAAGACAACAUGUGGCAUGUUGCUGCCUGAUUCUGCUGCUAUUUGUUUACAUCAGUAUUUGUAGAGUAAAACCAGGCAACGUUUUUAUACAUGAUCAUGCCACAAACAUUUUAAACUACAAUUUUUAGCUCAUCCAUGACCACAACCAUAUUAAUGGGAUUAAUUAUUACAAAACGGUGACAGAGUCAUAACAUAAAAGAAUGGAGUCUGAGUUUUCACAUGCCGUCAAUCUAUUUUGGGAUGACUUCUAGCAGGUCAAAAAAAAUAUAUAAACAAGGAGAAGGAAGCAGUUCUCUAUGAAAGUGUCACAAGUUGGUAAGUUCCUGCCACAAAACAAAAUUAAUGCAGUAAAUAUUUUCCUGUGCUGCUCCUUGCCUAUUUGAAAUUCUGAACAUGCCGCUCAAACCUCAGUCUAUCAACUUUAUCUUUUCAAGACAAAUUCUAACCCUUUAAAACUCUACUGCAGCACUCUUGAAACACAACUUCUUGUAUAUGCUGGACCCUGGGAAGCACUCUUGUAAAUGUAUUGCAGCUUGAUGUUUUGAUAUGUUUAAAGUUUUAGAUCAUAUGACUGUAUAUAAAUAGGAACAAACUGAAAAAAAUUAAAUGGAGAUCUAAAAGUGUUCAAUAAAUGUUUUCUGUGUUGCUGAAUUGAA